AUGAAGCUUCUAUCACUCUCACUCACACUCUGUCUCCUCGCCGGCGUGUCCCUCUCCACCCGGGAAGCGGACGUCGAGCAGGCCAUCGCGAUCUGGAAGGCCAACAUCAACUCCGUCAACCGCUUCGAGUCUGACGGGGAGGGUACCAGCGCCGUCCGGGCCUCCAAGGACACGCUCAAACAACUCCGCAUCCUCACAGACCGCCGCCGUCUCCGCAAGGAAGGCCAGCAGGCCGCCAAGCGCCUGCGGAACAAUCUCCCGAUCGAGGCCGCCAAGAUGGAGGUUCUGGCGGGCCGCCGCAAGAAUAAUAAUAAUAAUAAUAAUAGCAACAGCAAGAAUGGCAAGGGCAAGAAGGAAGACGAUACCUUCUUGAAUUCACUCAAGCAGCUCCGCUGCGAUUCAAUCCUCCCGGACACUCAGACCCUGUGGCGCGCGGCGUCUCGUAAGGCACCCGCCGUGCCGGUGCCUAACAUGUGUCGGAAGCCGGGCAACUCCAAGGAUAAGAAGAAAGGCGGCGGUAAGGAGAAGGAGAAGGAGAAGGAUCGUCAGCGAGUCAAAGACGACCGACAGGAUAACAGACACAAUGGUAAAGACCGUGAUGACGGAAAGGGUCAUCGUACCUGGGACGGCAAGCAUGGGACAGAUCACCAUAAUACUAAUCUUAAUAACAAGCGUGGUGGUCAAGAGUACCAGACCGAGGAAUGGCGCAAUCAACGCUGCCGCGAGGCGAAACGUCCCCAGAACAACAAUGACAAAGAUCGCCAGGACAAGGAAUGGUAUGACCAGCACUGCCACGAUGGAAAGGAACACCAGGACGAGGAAUGGCAUCAUGAUGAUGAUAAUGGCCAUCAUGACGGCAAUGAUAAUGAUCACGAUGACGACCAUGAUCAUGAAGGCCAGGACCAUGAUGGCAAGCAGCACGAUGACCAUGAGAAAGGCCACCGAGACGGCGUCCACACACACCCGGAUGAGAAAGGCGGUCAGGGUGAGAAGGAUCAGCACGAGCGGGGCCUGCACAGAGACCGCCGCGACGAUUACGGCCACGGAAAGUCGCGGUGGUCAAAGCGACCGGAAGACAGACGCUGA